AUGUCAUACAACAACAGAGGUGGGAGAGGAGCAAGUGGUGGAUAUAGUCGACGGGGAUAUUAUGGCUCUCACCGAGGAGGAUAUAGAACAGGUCGCCCGAAAUAUCCAGAAGAUAGAUACUCUGUUGGCGGGAUGCUAACUCUUAAUAAAGGAGCACAUUAUGAAUCAAGUGAUAACAGGUAUAUACCUAAUGACACCGGAUCCAACUCACCAGAAAGCAGGACUCAUAGAUCAAGUAUCAAGGAUGGUAGAACACCAUCUGGACUAAGUACGCCCUUGUCUAGUAUCGACAAAGUAUCAACACCUAUUUCGAUAGAACUGAAUAAUGGUUCAGAUCGCAACACUGGGGUGAAUAACAAAGAUUCUGAAUUUCCAAAACUAUCACACCAUUCUGAUUUUACAUUGAGCAUUCCAUUUUCAAGAUCAGUAAAUCCCCAAAAAAAUUUUAUGGUAAUAAAUGAUUCAAAUGCACUUAAAGGCGACAAAGGUGCACAAUCCAAGAAGAUACGGUACAAUGGAGAAGGAGUAGACCAUGUUUCAGACCCAAGAAUAGUCCGAUCAAAUCUGAACUUGCAAAAACCAAACAAAAAGGCUAAAAAGACACCAUACAAACAAUUACCCCAGCCAAAGUUUGUGUACAAUAGUGAUUCGUUAGGUCCAGCCCCAUUAUCAACAUUAGUAAUAUGGGACUUACCAAUUUCCACCAGUGAACCUUUUUUGCGAAAUUUUGUUUCUAGAUAUGGCAAUCCCUUAGAAGAGAUGACUUUCAUAACUGAUCCCACAACAGCUGUACCUCUCGGUAUAGUAACUUUCAAAUUUCAAGGGAAUCACCAAAGGGCUUCUGAGUUGGCGAAAAACUUCAUCAAAACAGUUCGACAAGAUGAACUUAAAAUUGAUGGAGCAACAUUAAAAAUAGCGUUGAAUGAUAAUGAGAGCCAAUUAUUGAAUAGAAAACUUGAGAGUGCCAAACAAAAAAUGCUACAACAACGAUUGCAAAGAGAACAAGAGGAAGAAAAACGACGUCAAAAGGUUUUGGAAGAACAAAAGAAACAAGAACUUUUAAAAAAGAAAGAGAAAGAACACGAGGAAUCUAUUAAGAAGGAAAAAAGUGUUGAGCGUGAAAACACCAUAGUAUCCACCAGAGAUAAAAGUUUGAUUUACAGGCCAAAUUCCACAGUUCUAUCUGUCAGGCAUAAUCACAAAAUCAUUCUGAGUGUAAUAUUACCCAAAGACUUGGAGAAAUAUAUAAAGAGUCGACCAUAUAUAUUGAUACGUGACAAGUACGUCCCAACCAAGAAAAUCUCGUCCCAUGAUAUCAAGAGAAUGUUAAAAAAAUACGAUUGGACGAGGGUUUUGUCAGAUAAAUCUGGGUUUUUUAUUGUUUUCAAUUCUCUCAACGAAUGUGAACGAUGCUUUUUGAAUGAAGAUACCAAAAAGUUCUUUGAGUAUAAACUAGUUAUGGAGAUGGCCAUUCCAGAAGGUUUUACAAAUAAUAUAAGGGAGAAUGACCUGAAAUCAACCAAUGAUGUUCUUGAUGAAGCAACAAAUAUAUUGAUAAAAGAGUUUCAAACGUUUUUGGCCAAAGAUAUCAGAGAAAGAAUCAUUGCACCCAACAUUUUGGAUUUAUUAGCACACGACAAUUAUCCGGAGUUGGUUGAAGAAUUGAAGUCUCGAGAGCAGGCAGCAAAACCAAAGGUAUUGGUGUCGAAUAACCAAUUAAAACAAGACGCUUUAUCUAUUCUUGAAAAACAAAGACAACAUUUUCAACAAAGAUUACCCUCAUUCCGAAUGCCGCACGAUAGAACACAAGAACAUAAGCCAAAGAGAAGAAACAGUAUUAUUCCUAUGCAACAUGCCCUUAAUUUUGAUGACGAUUCCGAUUCACACUCACAAUCAGAAUCUGAAGAUGAAGAAGAUGAGACUACCACAAGCAGACCUCUUACUCCUGUUGUACUGACGAUGAAAAGAGAAAGAAGCUCUACAGUCACCAGCGUAGACGAUGAUAUAGAGCUUGAAGAACGUGAAAUCAAAAAACAAAAGACUGAAGUGCCAGCAGCUAUAGAAAACGAGUUAGUUCCCGAGAGUAGUCAUGAAGAAGAAGGAGAAGAGGUCAAAAGAGAAAUUGAAGAGCUUGAUGUCAAAUAUCAACCAACAGAAGAAACACCAAGGACAGUUUAUCCGGAAUACUCAUUCAGUGGUGACUUUGAUUUAAAUGCAUUGCAACAUACCAUCAAAGAUUCCGAGGAUUUGUUAUUGGCACAAGAAUUGUUAUCUGACACCACUCCUUCAGGAUUAUCGCAUAUUGAAUAUUGGUCUUGGAAGAGUAAGAACAGGAAAGAUGUACAAGAAAUUAGGGAGGAGGAAGAAUAUAUGGAAGAACUACCCGAGAGCUUACAGUCAAUGACUGGAUCUUUUAAGAGUGAAGGGGUCAGAAAAAUUCCUGAAAUAGACAAGAUAGGAUACUUGCCACAUCGCAAGAAAACCAAUAAACCAAUCAAAACAAUUCAGUACGAGGACGAAGAUGAAGAAAAGCCAAACGAAAACACAAAUGCAUUACAGAGCUCGCGUGUUAAUAGGGCUAACAAUAGAAGAUUUGCAGCUGAUAUAACCGCUCAGAUAGGUUCUGAAUCAGAUGUGUUGAGUUUAAAUGCUUUAACAAAACGUAAAAAGCCAGUUACUUUUGCUAGAUCUGCUAUUCACAAUUGGGGGUUGUAUGCCAUGGAACCGAUAGCUGCAAAAGAAAUGAUCAUAGAAUACGUUGGAGAACGUAUCAGACAACAAGUUGCAGAACAUAGGGAAAAAAGCUAUUUAAAGACUGGUAUAGGAUCGUCGUAUCUUUUUAGAAUUGACGAAAAUACAGUCAUUGAUGCAACUAAGAAGGGAGGAAUUGCUAGGUUUAUCAAUCAUUGUUGUAGUCCAAGCUGUACUGCAAAAAUCAUCAAAGUUGAAGGAAAGAAAAGAAUAGUCAUCUAUGCAUUACGAGAUAUUGAAGCAAAUGAGGAACUUACUUAUGAUUAUAAAUUUGAAAGAGAAACAAAUGAUGAAGAGCGUAUCAGAUGUCUUUGUGGGGCACCGGGAUGUAAAGGAUAUUUAAAUUAA